GUGGCGUGUUGUUAUAGGAAAAUUCAGUAGACAGAAAACGUUUUGUGUAACACAAAAUCACAAAUAGCCAUCUUCUUCACCAUUUCUGCAAAAACUUUCAUUCUUCCUCUUCCUUGUCUACCUUGUCUUCAGUAACAAUCAGAAAACAAAGAUCAAAUGGUUUCAUAAUUCUCUCUUUGUCUCCUUUUUUGUCUUCCUCUUUUAUAUUAAUUUUUAUAAAUUCAAAGCAUAACAAACGCAAAGUUGAUUUUUUAUUAUAAUUUUCGUGUCGAUGGAGAGAAAGUCACAGUGAUUAAUCUAAUCAUACUGUUGAAAUCUUUGCUCUUUUGUCAAAUAUUCAUCAUCAUUUUGUUUUGUGUAAACAAAAAAAAACAUAUCUUUCUCGUUUAGGAGAGAGAAAAUCCUGAAGACGAAGGAGACAGGAAGAGGAACAUAUCUCUCGUAAUCCACUGCUAAAUUCGGAUCCGGAUCGGUUGGGUUUUUGUUUUUUUUUCGGUGUCCAGUUGGAUGUUUGCGGCGGAACUAAAAGUUUUCGUUUGCGGCUGUGACUGUGGUUCGUCGUCUUCAAUCAAUCAGGACUUUCAUCUCAGUUUGAGCAAAGACUCAGUCAACUUCCUAUAGACCUUAAAUGUCUGGUUUUGAAGAAACUGUUGCUGUAAUGGGAGAGUGGGUGCCUUGUAAUCCUAGCUCGAAACGUGUUCUUGAAAGAGAGUUAUCUUUGAAUCAUGGUCAGGUUACUAGUAAUAACAACAAGGAUUCUUCACAGACCAACAACAUUUCAGGAGGUGGCUUAAGAGAAAGAAUCGCCGCUCGUGCUGGGUUCAACACUCCGAGGCUAAACACUGAGAAUAUCCGCUCUAACACCGACUCUUCUAGUCCUUGCUUAACCAUCUCCUCUCCUGGCCUUAGCCCUGCAACACUCUUGGAGUCUCCUGUUUUCCUUUCUAACCCAUUGGCUCAACCGUCUCCAACUACAGGGAAGUUUCCAUUUCUCCCGGGUGCCAACAGCAAUGGCUUGUCUUCUUCUGCUGCUUCUGAUAAAGAGAAAGACGAGUUUUUUGACGGCAUUGGAGCAUCAUUCACAUUCCAUCCUGUUUCAACAUCCUCUUCCUCUUUCUUCCAAAGCGCAACUGAGAUGACGCCACUUGAUUAUGGUAACUACAACAACAGUCCUUCUCAUCAGUCCCCAGAAGAAGAUGUAAAACUCGGUUCUGAACAAAGUGGCUUGAAGAGGAAGUCAUCUGAUGCCACAACAAUCACCAAUGAUCAUCAAGAAGUGGAAGAAGGAGAAGGAGAAGAGCAAAGAGGUGGUGAUUCGAUGGUUGGUGGUGGUGCACCUGCAGAGGAUGGAUAUAACUGGAGGAAGUACGGACAGAAGCUAGUGAAAGGAAGCGAGUAUCCACGAAGCUAUUACAAGUGCACAAACCCGAACUGUCAAGUGAAGAAGAAAGUGGAGAGAUCAAGAGAAGGCCACAUCACUGAGAUUAUAUACAAAGGAGCUCAUAAUCACUCCAAGCCUCCACCUAACCGCCGCUCAGGAAUGCAACUAGAUGGAACUGAACAAGCUGAACAACAACAACAGGAGCAGAAGAGAGAUAACACUCAACAACAAGUUGGAAGCAUUGAGAACAAUGGGGAAGAAGGAGGUCAGUAUGAGUCAGGUGAUGGUAAUGGUGGUGUAAUCAUGGUGGAUGCUUCGUCGACAUUCUCUAAUGAUGAAGAUGAAGAUGAUCGAGAAGGGACUCAUGGGAGUGCUUCUUUGGGAUAUGAUGGAGGUGGAGGAGGAGAAGGAGAUGAAUCGGAAUCGAAAAGAAGGAAACUUGAAGCUUACGCAAUUGAGAUGAGUGGAGCAACGAGAGCUAUACGUGAGCCAAGAGUCGUUGUGCAGACAACGAGUGAUGUUGACAUUCUUGACGAUGGCUAUCGCUGGAGAAAGUAUGGUCAGAAAGUUGUCAAAGGAAAUCCAAAUCCAAGGAGUUACUACAAAUGCACAGCUCCUGGAUGUACAGUGAGAAAGCAUGUAGAGAGAGCUUCUCAUGAUCUCAAAUCCGUUAUAACCACUUACGAAGGCAAACACGACCACGAGGUCCCUGCCGCACGUAACAGUAGCCACGGUGGCGGCGGUGGAAACGGUAACAGCGGCGUUUCAACCGCUCAAACUAAUCAUUACUCAGAGCCUCCACGUGGCAGGUUUGAUAGACAGCUCAACCAGUCUCAGUUUGGACGUCCGUUUAGCUUCCAGCCUCAUUUGGGUCCUCCUUCCGGUUUUGCGUUCGGUCUAGCACAAACCGGUUUGGGUAAUCUUUCGAUACCUGGUUUAGCGUUUGGUCAAGGGAAAUUACCGGGUAUGCUUCACCCGUCGUAUAUGAGUCAACCGGUUGGGAUGAGUGAAGCGAUGAUGCAGAGAGGGAUGGAGCCUAAGGUUGAACCGGGUUCGGAAACGGGACAAUCGGUAUAUAACCAGAUAAUGAGUAGAUUACCACAGAUUUGAACAUUUUACUCUCUUUUCUUUUGCAUUUGGUUGAUGCUUAAAAUAACUUUUAAUUUUCUGUUUCAAAAUCUAAAAGUUAUUGGUUUGAAACUUUGGGGAAGGUAAAGGCUGUUACCAUUUUCAUU